CUUCGGGCCAGUUGUGCCGUUGGGAGGCUGCAGCUGCGAUCGCUGCCGUGGGCCCAGAAUUGUAUCCUGCCUGUAAACUGGAGACGCCCGCGGCGCUGCCAGUGCUCCUUUGAGGUAGUGUCUGUCUGGGAUCUGGUGCAAGUCGAAUUGCUCAUAAGGUGUAAUUGAAAAGUGACUGACCCUCUCUGCAGCGAUGUCAAAAACAAACAAAUCCAAGUCUGGGUCUCGUUCUUCUCGUUCAAGAUCUGCAUCAAGAUCUCGUUCUCGGUCAUUUUCGAAGUCUCGAUCUCGAAGUCGAUCUAUCUCUCGUUCAAGGAAGCGCAGGCUGAGUUCUAGGUCUCCUUCCAGAUCAUAUUCUCCAGCUCAUAACAGAGAGAGGAAUCACCCAAGAGUGUAUCAGAAUCGGGAUUUCCGAGGUCACAACAGAGGCUAUAGAAGGCCCUAUUAUUUCCGUGGGCGCAACAGAGGCUUUUAUCCGUGGGGCCAGUAUAACCGCGGAGGUUAUGGAAACUACCGCUCAAAUUGGCAGAAUUACCGGCAAGCAUACAGUCCUCGUCGGGGCCGUUCCCGAUCCCGGUCCCCAAAGAGAAGGUCCCCUUCGCCACGGUCCAGAAGCCAUUCUAGAAACUCCGAUAAGUCUUCCUCUGACAGGUCAAGGCGCUCCUCGUCCUCUCGUUCUUCCUCUAACCACAGCCGAGUUGAAUCUAAGCGCAAGUCUGCAAAGGAGAAAAAGUCCUCUUCCAAGGACAGCCGGCCAUCUCAUGCUGCCGGGGAUAACCAGGGAGACGAGACCAAGGAUCAGACGUUCUCUGGAGGCACCUCUGAAGAUACAAAAGCAUCUGAGAUCUCGAAGCCAUGGGCAGAUGGCAGCACGUACAGUGCUGGUAGUGCAUCCCGGGCCUCGGCGGUCUCCGAGCUGAGUCCCCGGAGAAGCCCUGCUCUGAAAAGCCCCCUCCAGUCUGUGGUGGUGAGACGGCGGUCCCCGCGUCCUAGCCCUGUGCCAAAGCCUAGCCCUCCACUUUCCAGCACAUCUCAGAUGGGCUCAACUCUGCAGAGUGGUUCUGGGUACCAGGCUGGGACACACCAAGGUCAGUUUGACCAUGGCUCUGGGUCCUUGAGUCCAUCCAAAAAGAGCCCUGUGGGUAAGAGUCCACCGGCCACCAGCUCCACAUAUGGCUCGUCUCAGGAGGAGGAGGCCGCUGCUCCAGGAGGAGCAACAUAUACAAAGAGGUAUCUAGAUGAGCAGAAGACAGAGAAUGGAAAAGAUAAGGAACAGAAACAAACAAAUACUGAUAAAGAGAAAAUGAAAGAGAAAGGGAGCUUCUCUGAUAUGGGCUUGAGUGAUUCGAAAAUGAAAUCUGAUCUGUUUGCUCCCAAAACUGAUUCUGAGAAGGCUUUUCGGGGUAGCCAGUCUCCCAAAAGGUAUAAGCUCCGAGACGACUUUGAGAAGAAGAUGGCUGACCUCCACAAGGACGAGAUGGACGACCAAGAUAAGGACAAAGCUAAGGGGAGGAAAGAAUCUGAGUUUGAUGAUGAACCCAAAUUUAUGUCCAAAGUCAUAGCAGAUGCAAACAAAAACCAGGAGGAGGAGAAGUCAGGCAAAUGGGAGGGCCUGGUGUAUGCCCCUCCAGGGAAGGAAAAGCAGAGGAAAACAGAGGAGUUGGAGGAGUCGUCUUUCUCAGAGAGAUCCAAAAAGGAGGAUCGGGGAGGGCUCAAGAGAACCGAAAGUGGGCACAGGGGGUUCGUGCCUGAAAAGAAUUUCCGAGUGACCGCUUAUAAAGCAGUCCAGGAGAAAAGCUCAUCACCUCCCCCAAGAAAGACCUUUGAGAGCGGAGAGAAGCUAGGAGCCAAAGGAGAAAUUUCCACGCGGAAGUCUUCCUUUUCCAUAACUCGCGAGGCCCAGGUCAAUGUCCGGAUGGACUCUUUUGAUGAGGACCUUGCAAGACCCAGUGGCCUAUUGGCUCAGGAACGCAAGCUUUGUCGAGAUCUGGUGCAUGGCAACAAAAAGGAACAGGAAUUUCGUUCCAUUUUCCAACACAUACAGUCAGCUCAGUCUCAGCGGAGCCCCUCCGAGCUGUUUGCCCAGCACAUAGUGACCAUUGUCCACCACGUCAAAGAGCAUCACUUUGGGUCCUCAGGAAUGACAUUGCAUGAAUGCUUUACUAAAUACCUAAAGAGAGGAAGUGAGCAGGACGCAGCUAAAAACAAGAAAAGCCCAGAGAUACACAGGAGGAUAGACAUUUCCCCCAGUACAUUCAGAAAACAUGGUUUGGCUCAUGAUGAAAUGAAAAGUCCCCGGGAACCUGGCUACAAGACUGAGGGAAAAUACAAAGAUGAUCCUGUUGAUCUCCGCCUUGAUAUUGAACGUCGUAAAAAACAUAAGGAGAGAGAUCUUAAACGAGGUAAAUGAAGAGAAUCAGUGGAUUCCCGAGACUCAAGCCACUCGAGGGAAAGAUCAGCUGAGAAAACUGAGAAAACCCAUAAAGGAUCAAAGAAGCAGAAGAAGCACCGGCGAGCACGAGACCGGUCCCGGUCAUCAUCCUCUUCCUCCCAGUCAUCCCGCUCCUACAAAGCGGAGGAGUACACUGAAGAGGCGGAGGACAGAGAAGAGAGCAGCACGGGUUUCGACAAAUCAAGACUGGGGACCAAAGACUUUGUGGGUCCAAGUGAAAGAGGAGGCAGAGCCCGAGGGACCUUUCAAUUUCGAGCCAGAGGGAGAGGCUGGGGCAGAGGCACCUACUCUGGCAACAACAAAAACAGCAGCAACGAUUUUCAGAAAAGAAACCGGGAGGAGGAGUGGGACCCUGAGUACACUCCCAAAAGCAAGAAGUAUUACCUGCAUGAUGACCGUGAAGGCGAAGGCAGUUAGAAGUGGGUGAGCCGGGGUCGGGGCCGAGGAGCCUUUCCCCGGGGUCGGGGCCGAUUCAUGUUCCGGAAAUCCAGCACCAGUCCCAAGUCGGCCCACGACAAGUUCAGUGGGGAAGAAGGGGAGAUUGAAGAUGACGAGAGUGGGACUGAGAACCGAGAAGAGAAGGACAAUUUACAGCCCACCCCUGAAUAGGGGCCACUCUUGAUGGGAGUCCCACCCCAGGGGAGAGAGGCGCUGGGAAGAUGGCUGGCGAAGAGC